CAUAGCCAAGCCUAUCUUUCUUCGCUUCUACCCCGCCGAGGGGCCGUCGACAGGCUUCCGCUGUGCAGCAUUAUUGCCCGCAACAUAAAUGCUUCCAUGGCACAAACUUCAUGCAGCGCACACGCACACACCCGUACGGCGGUGCGCGAGAGCAUACCCGAACACACCAACAUAACCUCGAACGGCAGAAGAGUGAAACGGCAGGAUUGCUGCGUAACACAUACGUGCGUGCGUGCGAGAGAGAGAGAGCAGACUCACGAACGGGACUCGCGAGUCCGUACCCGCUGGAAACCAUCAUGCGUAGAUGCAGUUCUCCCAGUUCUCACUCUGGCCCGAGCCGUUUUACAGUUGUGUCUUCUCUGAUCUCUUCUCCGGGACGCACGCACGCACGCGAGCUUACCACGUCCAUCCGUCCGCCGCCGUCGUCGUCGUUAUUCGAAUCGAUUUUUAACUCAGGGCGCAGCCAUCUUACGGUGGUGUCUGCAGCAGAGAAGAGUGUGCUCACGUCACCGUUCGAAAGUGCAAAAGUGUUUCGAGUUUAGUAGUAAAAGGUGGUGUGGUAGUGCCCAACGCUGCUCUCACAGCGCUUUUGUAACAACAUCGUCAGCCCUAUUCUGCGCCAGCGGUAGCAGUGAGUGUGUUGUGAGGUGAAUUCGUUCGAGGUGAACAGUUUUGUGGCAGAAUAAAUAGUGUUGCACUGUGUGAAAAAUCACGAAUAUGAAGGCCAUCACGACCAUGUGUGCGAAGAAUGGUGGUGGUGCAUCGCUGCCGGCGAUUGCGACGGGUCGAGUGCAGCGCCAUCGAGAUGGUGAAAACGACGAAAUCAAGUUGUAUCUGUCGAAGCUGCGGGAGCUGGUUCCGUUCAUGCCGAAAAACCGCAAACUGUCCAAGCUCGAGGUUAUCCAAAACGUUAUCGACUACAUCUGCGAGCUGCAAAAUGCACUCGAUUCGCAUCCCGCGGUCAACAGCUUCGACUCGUUGGCGGUGCUCCAGCAGCAUCAGCAGCAGCAGCAGCAGCAACAACAGCAAGUUGGAUACAUGGUGGAAUCAAUCGAUACUGUACCGGCGCAUCCAGCAGCAGCAGCAUCCAGGCAACCACUGGCGACCAUCUUGAGCAGUGGGAGCAAUGUUGCCGCCUCUAAUAUUAACGCUAUUGGCGAGGGACUACAACAGCCUUGAUGGCGAACGGCAGCUGUCACUCGAUUGCCCGUGGUACAUCGCCAAGGGGUGAUUUGCGCUCUUGCAGGGCAGCGCUCCGCCGCACGAACCUGUUCCAAACCAUUGGCUUACAACAUCUGUGAUAUUCCGUCGAUACUGAGUCGCACGAGGAAGCCUCAACAGGCAGCAUCGAUGGGAGGACGUCGACUAAGCGCGACUGAAGGUUCUUCCUCCUUCUUCUCCUCGUCCUCGUCGAACUGAACGGGACUGAAACGAAAAGAGCGGUAUAGGAGCCCUUCGGAACCCUUCGGAAGUUGGUGGGCCUUGUCCAAUUGAACACAACUUUCCAACACCAACGGCUGUACCGCCAACCGGGGAAAGGUCGUCGGAGUCUUGCCAAGAUUCCAGGGAGAGCCCUCGACUCCAGCCAGAGAUGAUCUCAGGAUGUAUUAGGAUGCUCCACCGGUGCCAGAGUGUUGUGCCGUGCUGUGCCCCGUACAGCGGCACCAUUUAUGGGGCCAGGCGGCCAACCAGCGCAGCAGAACGGAGUGCUCUGUACGUGUGUGUGUGUGUGUGUGUGUGUGCGUGUGUGUGUGUGUCUGUGCGUGUGUUCACCGUUACAGCAGUGUUGCAACUGUCUCGGUGCCAUUGCAGCAGCAGAACUCCUCGUUUCGGAGCGCUAAUUUGGUUGAUGAAUUUAUAUUAAAAAUAAAUACCGUAAUUAACACUAGCUGAGCAAGGUUCUACACAUGUUGUCAACACUGAUCCCAUUUGAACGAUCCGGCGCCAUUAUCUGACUCGGUUAUUUUGAUUUGUAUUAAAAAAAAAAUUUCAUUCGUUACUCACUGAAGUCAUUGCUGCACAAUAGUCGAACACGUUUUGAGUACUAACUCAUCAUAAGACGCAGUCUGGUCUUUAAAUCUAUUCCACAAAACUUAACUCAACACAAUAUCACAUAAUAAAACAAUUACUGUGGCUUUGAAAUGUUCCUAUUUCCAAGUCAAUCGGCUCACUACUACAAGUCAUACUAAUCACGCUUAUAGUAGGUAUCUAUGACUACCGGUAGCAGGAGCAGUACAAUCAUAGUUCACAUGGUUUAACAAAUCGGACACGCUACGCUCUUCGCUUGCGAACGACAUUGACUGGAACUAAAUCCAUCAUUUCUGACAAAUACUCCGCAAGUCCUGCACAGCGCAAAAGUGAAGAUCGCAAAGGUUCGGUGCAAAUUAAUUCGGAUAUUGAUAAUGAUAAGAUUAGCCCCAUUCUUUCAUUGUUUAGAUCUCGCCGAUGGAAAAUAUUGAACUGCACUGUUGUUCCAUUUCUCCAGAUUUAUUUACGAUGUUUCAUCCUUUUUCCAUGCAUGUUUCUUCUAUUGUAACGUGCCAGUUGUUGACAAGCGUGUGUUAGUUUAUGAUCUUCACAUUCUUUGCUGCGCCGUCAUCAUCUCUCAAUAGCGUGUUUACAUCCCCACUUUAGUGACUUCCUUUUCCGCCAUUCAUCCGUGUUUCCCUUCCACUCUCUCUUUCUCUCUCUCUCUCUCUCUCUCUCUCUCUCUCUCUCUCUCUCUCUCUCCCUCUCGCUCUCUCUUUUUACUAUAUCUCAUUCAUGUAAUCUGUAAAGUGGUGAUGUGUCUCAGGCUCUCCUUUCCCCCUGCACAACAUUCUGCCUACGCUCUUUAUUGAGCAUUGGCAUGAUCGUAAUAUCCUUUGAUCGAUCCUGAUUCUUUCGAUGUUUGUGUGCAACUUCGCCGGUUUGGGGUUGGGAGGGAGCGAAGAUGCUAAUAUUUGCGUGUUUUCCUCUGUACUCGCUUCCGGAUUUUCCUUCAUUCCAUGUUUAACUUAUUGAAGAACCCUACUAUUGUGUUUUUUUGAGAGUGUAUGUGAGUGUUUCGUUUCGGUUCGUUUCGUGUUUAGUUGCUGUAAGACUAUGCUACCGCUAAUGCUCAAUUUAAGUGCGCUUUCCCCUAUACUGGCGAUCUAGCUAAGCUCUAAGCUAAUGUGUCAAUCAGCACUCGCGAACGGGAAAAAUGCACGUCAAUCUACGUACUAAAAUACUAUUACUGGCCUGUGUUGCAUUAUUAUUGCAUUACUACACGUAUUCUAUCCUGAAAAUGUACGACGUUAAUUGGUGUGUAAAGAGGUGAAAGUUGUUUAACGAUUCUGCUAACGAGAACUUCAUCUCGAACUUAUCAAUGCUCCCCAGCAGCAAAGCAUGUAUGUUCCAUCUGCACUACACCCGUGCGUCUUUUCUUUUAUGUGUGUUGUUGCAUUUUGCGUUUGCGUCACAUCUUGCAUUUAGGGAAGAAAAUUGACUAAAACUUUUCAACUCUACUUCCACGACAACAGGAAAGAUAGUUAGAGUGUCUAUUUGUCCAAGGCGUGUUGUUGUGUCUACCUGUUGUCCUUGUCACGUGUCAACCAUGCAGAAAAAGAAAUCACGUUGUGCACUAAAUGGUUUUGUUUUUGUUUUUUUUUUUUGCUUCUUGUAACACGUGUGCAUUCGAAAACGAAAACAACGCGCUUUGGCUCACGCGCAACAGCUGCGCGAAACUUCACCGCCUACUACACCACAAGUAGUACACCUGCUGCUUCCAACUGCUCUGUACUGUACCGACUGACUCAACGCUAUGCUUGAAGUAACAAGCACGAGAAUGUUGGGAUAGCAAAUAAGAUUGAUUGAGAGAAAAAUUGAGAGGGAUUAAAGAGCAGAGGACAAAUAAGAUGAGAUUUUGGAAGCGAACAACGAAUGAGAUGAUGACACGCAGACCCAAUAGGGAGGGACAACCAACAGCAGCUUGUUAUUGAUCACUAGCUAUAUUUGGUGUUGCUUCAAAAUGUGCAGUUUGCUGUGUUUGCAGUUAAAUUGGAAUCCUUUCGAAUUUGUGGUAUUCGUAACGGUGGGACUUCAAUAAAAGGAAUCGUUUAUUCCUCUCUACUUCAAAUGCACCCCCAAUGGAUGCAUUAAAAUGGAAACUAUUAAAAAAAACAACCAAACAGGGAUAUGUAUCCAGGUAAUGGUAGUGGUAAUUAAGAGAUGUUAACGAUUUAUGAUUACCAAACGACAAUUGUGACGUUCCUCCUGGUCUCCUACUUGCCUUAUCCAACCACGAUCUACUGUACUGCUGAUUCGAAGGACUUUUACAGAAUCAUUAGCUAUGCCCUCUCUCUCUCUCACUCUCCCCUACUCUUUCACUCUCUCGCUCUCUCCGGUAUGAAACAUGGAUUUGAAUCAAACACAGUAAGCCAUGUAACAACAUACCCAAAGGCAGAGGUGACAGAUCCGGUUGUUGAAUAUCGAGUUUUUUUGUUCGCUUGCUCGUUUCUUAUGUUUUUUUUUUUUCAAUUUCCAACGGUUUAGUUUUUCUCUCAACGUCAAUAACCAGCGAAUGAAUAAAUGCAAAAGGCGAUUAAUAGUUAGCUUUUAUCAACUUGUGUUUAUUUUAAGAUCUUCCUUAUAUAAUUUUGAAAGCCAUCACUUGAUUUUGUAUCGUGUACACGUGGUGUAUGUGUGUGUGUGUCUGUUGUUUUCGUUUCUCAUGUAUUAUUGGUAAUGUUGAUUUUUUUGUCUUCUCUGCACUGUAAAUUAUCCUUUAUCUCUCCGUGUGUCCCGUCCUUCACCUCUCACACUCACGCACGCGGCUGUGGUUCGAUGCACACACGCAGCAUUGAUCAACUGCAUGUAUUUGCCUCUGUGUGUGAUGAUGUGUGUGUAUGUGUUUGGGUGCGUUGGAGUGUGAGGGUGGGGUGUCCUGUGCAUCGAUCACACGUGAUCUAGGAAACGAAUCUUGUCGAACACAAAAAAGGUUUCCCUCGCUCUAUAUAUAUAUGUAUACUCUCUAGAAAAAACGACUUGCUAACUUGUUACAGAAACAGAAAGAAAAACAACUCCUGCAAACAAAUCCUACCAAACCAGUACACUCAUUCAUUAUAUUAUGUUGUCUCAAGUUACACGCACUUCACACGCAUAUCAUAUUACAGCUUAAAUAACGUAGUAUGCUUUGCGAAUUUCGAAUCCAUCGAACAUAAAUACAAUACCGUUACCAUAACACUCUAUUGUUUUGCUUAUUGCACGCCUUGUCUGUUCCGGCCUGCUACGUUUAUAGAUCGAUUGACGUGAUCCGGAAGAGAGUGAUAAUGAACUGACAGCCGGAGAAGGAUAAUGGUAUUCUCUAUUCUGGUGGUGGUGGUGCUCUUGCUUGUCUUGCUUGUGAACACUGUGUUGCGUGUUCCGAUGUGUUUUUGUUUGUUAUGUUUUGCCUAUCGUUUUGUGAUGUGUGGUUGUCGUAUAUCUGUGUGUUUGUGUUUUUGUAUGUUUGAUGUGAUUCGUAUUGAUAGUUUUCAUAGCACUGAACGUCUAGUUACUGAAGAGAGGAGUUACUUUUCUCUUAUUUGUUUCUGUUUUACUUUCAUUGAACUUCGCAAUAACUUCAAAAUGGACUUACGAUUAAAUGCAACAAUUUACACGACUUUUUCUUCUUCUGUUAUUACCUUUUUCUUUGUUUGUUUAUGUUCGUCUGUUUGUUUGUUUGUUCUGUAUAUGUUUCGUUCACUUUUUACGCUGUUAUCGCAAUACCUCUUUACAUAUCAGUGAGUGUGUGGUGGUGUCUAGUAUUUUUUAGUGUCAUUUUUGUAGAUUUCCCCUUUCGUCUCUCAUGUUAGUGUCUGUUUGUUUUUGGUGUGGUUUGUGUGUGUAUAUUUAUACCUUUUUUUUUGCUUGGUGUAUGAUUCUGAUUGAUUGAUCAAUUGUGUUGUUAGCUUUUAGGUAGGCGUUCUUCACCGGUGAGAACUAUAAUAGAAUCAAGCGCAUUUUUGUUCUGCUAGCUGCUUCUCCGCACCGCUCGCUGUGUGCUGUUUGCGCUUGCUUCGAUUGUUCCGAUUCAAGUUUGCAACAUCAAGAUUUCCAAAUCAAAUCAAUUGCUUACGUUAGAAAGUGUUGAGUGUACAACAUGUUGCACAGUUGCAGUUUGUUUGUAGCGAAAUAGAGAGACAGAGGGAGAGAGAAAGAGAGAUAGUUUUUAACUAAAUAUUUCUCCUCUUGCACAUCACGAUGCAUCGCAGACUGGCAAAAAUCGCGCACUUUUGCUACAAUUUUUUACCUUUUUGCCAACUUCGAAACAUGUACUUCUCUUCUUGCUUUGCGCUAUGCCCUUCAAUACGUUCAACUGCUAGCGCUGCGUAAACACACGAUUAGCAUCAUACACGGCGCGCGCAUAGCCAGCAGCAUGGCCCGCAGGUGGGGCGCGUGUUUCUAUAAUGCAGCUUAACGCUACGCUUCACAUCUGCUUCGCGUGAUUACUAAGCGGUAUCGCGAGCGAAUAGCCUUAAAGUCGCAAACCGAGCGAAACCAACAACCCAUAUGUAGAGGCAGUAGUAGUGUAUGUUUUAGACAAACAAAAGCGCCAUUCAAUCACGGAGCUUUGAAAAAUCGGGCGAAUAUAUGUGUAAAGUUUGUCUCCUUUCAACGCGAGCGAGAUUCAUAUUAGAUAUUACUUUGUCGUUGCACUGCUGUUGUUGUUGUGUACUGUGUGGUGACAGUGUGUGCCCUUUACUAUCGAUUCGUGCGCCCGCCCGGCUCAUCGGAAUCGGAGGUUUCUACUACGAGUUCUGGUUGUUCUGAUUUCUGUUUGUUACCGCGUUCGUUUGAGUUGAAUUCUACGCGCCAGUUCUCCCUCACUGAUGGUAAGGAUGUCCAACCAACGCUACACUCCUCCUCUUUCACUGUGUGUUUUGUCUGUUUGUUUGCUUCAUGUUUUUUUUCUUUGUUUUUGCACUAUAUUAUUCUUCAGCGUACAUUAUUUUAACCACUCGUUUGUUAAUUGAUACAAGAGCAAUAGAGAGAGAAAAAUAUAUACUGUACAACAGGGUGCAGAAUC